AUGCCUCGUCCAAGCCCAAGUGACUCUCUUGAGACUUCUCAUGACGUCCAACAGCGUUUAACUACUGUUUCGAAUACGACUUCUUUAACACUUUCGACGAAAGUACCGUUAAUCAUAAACAAUCAUUCGACAGCGGCUGAACCAACAAAUAAUAAUACUAACUCAUCACUUUUUCCAUCCACAUCUUCUCGUUUUAUUCAACAGCACACUUUACCGACAGCACUUUCCGAUAACAAAACAUCGAACAUACACGUGCUAUCUCGACAACACCAACACAAUGAUUCAACAACAUCAUCGAAUGAACUUGAUAUAUCUUCUCCGAACAAUAUUUCGAUUCAACGCAGUAGUCCGACACAGCCGAAUAAUUAUUCAAAUUCGAUCAAAACCAUAGCAACUUCAUUGAUAUCAUCAUCGCCGGCGCGACCAUUGAUGAAAGAUAAAUCCAUUCAAUGUAUUGAUAAUAAUGAGAACAGUACUGAAGAACAUGAACAAAUUCUUAAAAAUAAUUUAUCAAAGAAACGCAAUGGUCAUUCACUAGAUGAGAGUUCAUCCAAUGAUGAGAAUUGGAGAGUCGCUGCUGACACGCUUCUUCACAAUGUUCUCUCUCAAUAUGGCUUCCGUUUUCUUGACGUUAAUUGUCAACAAAAUUUAUCAGCUCGAUUUGAUUCUAUUCAAGCCAAUCUUGUCAGCGGUGUGAUACUAUCUCAAGAUGAGUUUUACAAAGCGGUACGUGAAACAAAAGAAAUACUAGUUCAAAACGGUUUAUCGAAAAUCUCGGCUGAUAAUUUGGAGAAAUUAUUUCAUUAUUUUGAAAUUGAAUACCCGAAAUUAUGUGAUGGUGAUUCAUUGAAUCGAACAAAUGAUCGAAAACGAACACGUCGACAAUAG